AACGGACUUGUUAUAAAUACCCACAACGCGUACACAACACCAAAUAACCCCAAACCCUCCUCAUCGCAACGCGCUCCUACAAACUCGUCAUCGACCACACACCACGCAAACGCAUACCAAUCAAUGAAAGUCCACAUCAAACACUGGAGCGCCGUCGCUCAAUGGCGCUGGAACACAGGAAACGUAAACCACGAUCAAGACGAUGAAGGCGACGUCUGUGGGAUCUGUCGCGUCCCGUUUGAGGGGUGUUGUCCAUCGUGUAAGAUGCCGGGGGAUGAUUGUCCUUUGAUCUGGGGCGAAUGCAGCCACGUAUUUCAUAUGCACUGCUUGCUCAAAUGGCUAGGAACGGCUGCUUCGAAACAGCAGUGUCCUAUGGAUAGACGUGCUUGGGUCACGGCUGAGCGAAAAGCGAACGAGUUGGCUGCGAGUUAGAUGAUGGCGGUAUGAGCCGGCUUCCGUCUUUGAGUUGGCACCGGAUCAAUCUUCGAAGUUGAGCUGCAGGCGGAUCAACCAUUAACUUAACAGCUCAAAAUUCUUGAUUGUGCAACUCGUGAUUGCAAUCAUGAACGCUGAUGGUGAUCCCGAUCCUUCAUAGGCUCACCCCUGGACAUACACGCGGAUGUACCGUACACAUUUUCAUUUAGGAUUCCCGCCCUGAGCACCAUAAUAUAUAUUUUAGAUUGAUGUACGAUACUAAUACAAGGCGUCAGGGCCAUUCUCCAUCCCCAUCUCCCAACACACUAACGUACACACGACAAAAUACGAUACAAAACCAAAGAAAAACCAGAACA